CCGUGUCCUACCUAUUCGCUGAUCACGUACAAUCCUAAGCCUCUGCGCCGCAGCUCGACGCAACCCAUACAAGUUUCCAAGACUGCAGUUUAUGCUUCGCAUUCUAUUCGUUCCCGGGCCGACGUUCUCGGUCCGUUCAUCAUUCCUAAGAUAUGUCCCUCACACCUCUCCAAAACCGCAUCGAUAAAGUCCGAGCAGAGCAGAGCGCCAAGAACUCUACCAUCCUGACUCCACCUGCGAGAUCAACACGACGGCCCUACGCUAGAAGACUGCCAUGGUUGGAUGGAAAAUCGUCAUUGGCAACUUCACCCGCCAGCACGACCUCGCCACCACUUCGCAGAUCCAGUCAGCUCAUAGAGCAGUUGCCGAGAGCGCUGGAAGUACCCUUAGCUGCGGCUUUCUCCCACUCUCACUCGCCGACUGCAGACGUCCUAUCGGUUUCUUCGCAAACACUCGGAGCGCACAGUCCAGAAACCUCGCCUGACAGGCAGCAUGUCCCUAUAGCUUUGGUCUCCGCCUUACGCCGUUCAUCGGUUUCUCAUGCGCCCGCGAAAAGACUAUCGAUUGUGAACAUAGAUGACUCGGAAGAUCCACCCGAGGUGCAACGGCCGAGAGCAGAAAGUCUGGCUCCAGUCCCUGAUCAUCUCGACAGAACAGAAACACCCGAGUUGGUACUCAUUCCACGAGACGUAUACAAGGCUUCACCGCCUCGGUUCAUCAAGACAGUACAAAUAUCACCAAACCAACCAACUCCCAGAAGUGGCCCUCUUACGCGCGUCAACUCGGAGCAACUAAGCCAUACAGUGGAAGGUCUCGAGAACAUUGUUCAGGAUGCCGUGCUGACUGCGGAGGAAACCAACGAUCCUGAUCAAGUCGCAGAGCUAUACGCGAUUGUUGAAGAUGCAAGAAACGCGAUACAGGACGCACUUGCCGACCCUCUUGCGGUGAAAUCGUCGCCGCUCGAAGCUUCAGACCUUUCAGAUCUCUCGGGCUUCUCGUCUGACUCCUCUGUGGAACAAGAAAUGCACCAUCGCAAGCCCACGUAUUCGCCACCCAUACCUCCUCUACCCACAGCGCAUCUAGAAAGCGGGCUUCGAGCUGUAUCUCCUGUCCAACUCGGACACGGACGGACGGAAGCUCGUGAUUGGGCUUAUCACAGCAGUAAAGACCCAGAGCGGGACGGAAAUAAUUCAGUUGAGCCCAGUGAAGUUGGCCGGGGCCGCUCCCAGUCGCGCUACAGCACACACAGCGUCAAUCUACCCCAUCCCCGAACUCCCCAGCUUUCACCGCGAGAGAAUGUCGACCAUACUUCGAGACCUAUUCGCAAAUCAUCCCGCGGCCGUUCACGUCAACGCAGGCAGGGUAGCUUUGAUAGAGAUGCGCGGAGAAGUCACCAUCAUACACGAUCUAGAUCUCUUCGUCAGCGCCGUCGCCAGCAAAAAGCCGGUCUCAGAGUUUACGACAAAUCGGUCGACGUAGAUGAUCUUGACGAUGUGGGCAAGCCUUAUGAUGUUCCAAAAUUCGAUGACCCGCCUGAUGAGCAGGAUGUGGAGAAUGGUCACACGUUCAGUCGGCGUCGAUUCCAUCGCCGGCAACCAAUCGCUCGCAACUGGAGAACGGGAAAGAAGCGACUCACGGCAAUGAUAGCCUGCAUCAAUACCGCUCUUUUGGGCAUUAUUGUUGGAAUAUAUGUAAGUCAAACAAGUCCAUUGUAUUAUCAUCGCAUGUCUUUGACACCUGACUAGGC